UCGCCUACAACAAGUACUUCGGGGUGCUUGCCUCAUGACCCAGGAACACCUCGCGCGGUCAACGCUGGAGCAACAUCUACUGGGGUUGGGGAGGCGAGGACGAUGACAUGUGGAGGCGCCUUUCCUUCGAGAACAUUCCCGUGUGGAGGUUCCCGGCCAGCGUCGCGAGGUACAAGACGAUCAAGCACGAUCCGCAGACAGUUAAUAAGAAGAGGUACCAGACCCUUCAGAGAAACACAGGACGCUAUCCACACGACGGUCUCUCUACGAUCAAGUACGUCAUUAAAUCAAGAGUCAGUCAUCCUCUUUAUACCUACAUCUUAGCCAACAUAGGGACACCACCAAAGCCUCUUACGUAAUGCAAAGCUCUAUUUAAAUACCUGGAUUGAUAUUCGACUGACAGGAUAAUAACGUUCAAGUUGUAGGAUAAAACUACGAUUUUCUCUACAAAGGAUAACCCUGGUAAAUAGAUACCUGAUGCAAGGGUCUUGGAAUCCAUGUUUGCACUAAGAUCUAAUCCGACAUCGGGGUAUUGGAUCCCAAAACCACUGGAUGAAGCCUUGGAGAAUUUAUAGUUCCUCGCUCUUCAGACUAGAGGGCGGUAGUAAUGGUGAUAAUAAUUUCCAAACAAGGCUUUUAACCCACAAUUCCUGCUUAAUGCGCGGGUCUUGUGGUAAACAUAUCAUCAGUAUUAGUAUUAUGUACCUGUAAAUACACGCGUCCACAGAAUAUGUUUGCGGUUAAUGCUGUAUUUGUGGUCGAGUCUUCACCUGUGAUAUUAGUGUCUCACCUGUGGUUGAGUUUAAUAAAAUGUAUUUCUGAAG